CCCCUCCCGUCCGCGAACUUCCCCUCACGCAGAGGGAAAGUUUCUGGCGGCAGAGGCAGCAGGUUCGAUCCCGGCGAGGCACAGCCGGCAGCAGCCUCCGCUCGUCGGCCGGCCGGGAGGAAGCCUGGGGAAGCCCGGCGUCCUCGGGCAGAGAGAGAGGCGUUGCUCCAAGGAUGAAGAUGGUCAGUGUCAUGCUGGUUGUGUUCUGGCUGUGGAUGGUCACCUUUGGCAGCGGUUCUGAACGCUGUGAUGACUGGGGUGUGGACACCAUGAAGCAGAUCCAGAUUUAUGAAGGGGAACCUGCCAAGAUCAAAUGCCCACUUUUUGAGACCUUCUUAAAGUACAACUACAGCACAGCCCAUUCUGCAGGCUUAACCCUGAUCUGGUACAGGAUUGCACAGGACCGGGAUCUGGAGGAGCCCAUUAAUUUUCGUCUCCCAGACAAUCACAUAAGUAAGGAGAAAGACACCCUUUGGUUCUGGCCUGCUCUUCUCAAUGACACUGGGAAUUAUACAUGCAUGCUCAGAAAUACAACCUACUGCAGCAAAGUUGCAUUUCCCUUGGAGGUUGUUCCGAAAGACCAAAACUCUUGUGUGAGCCAUUCAAUAAAACCCAUUGAGGAGAUGUUCUACUUGGAGCAUACCAAUGAGAUCAUAUGUCCAGACAUCGAUGGGUUUUACCCCGCUAGUGUAACACCAACUGUCAAGUGGUACUUGAACUGCAACUUGGUGGAUGGCUUCUAUGAGCGAUACCCUCAAGGGACAAGGCUUGUCAUCGGCAUUGUCCGCAGUGUGUAUAGAGGGAAUUACACUUGUAUUGUGACAUUCAAGGACCACGGAAGAACCUAUAAUCUCACCAGAACCAUAAACAUGAAGGUGGUGGGAUCUCCAAACAAGGCUUUGCCACCACAAUUUGUCUCUCCAAAUGAGAAAGUUGUCUACGAACUGGAAGCAGGAGAUGACCUUGUUCUGUCCUGUGAGGUCUUCUUCACCUUCCUGAAGGAAUCCCGGACUGAGGUGUGGUGGACCAUAGAUGGGAAAAACACAGGUGACAUCACGGACCCAAAGAUAAAAGUCACACAAAGUGAAAUUACUAGAGAUUUUGAAGACAAAACUAUCAUAAGGACUCUAACAGUUGCAAAAGCCACACCAGAGGACUUGAAACGGAAUUAUACUUGUUAUGCCAGAAACGCCAAAGGCGAGGACCGCAGCCAGGCCAUAGUGCGCAUGAAAGCUGUAGCACCGAAGUACACCGUGGAGCUGGCCUGUGGACUGGGAGCAACCAUCCUGCUCAUUGUGGUACUUAUAGUCAUCUAUCACGUUUAUUGGCUUGAAAUGGUCCUCUUCUAUCGGGCUCAUUUUGGAACAGAUGAAACCAUUCUAGACGGGAAGGAGUAUGAUGUGUACGUGUCCUACGCACGCAAUGCUGAGGAGGAGGAAUUUGUGCUGCUGACACUGCGGGGAGUCUUGGAGAAUGAGUUUGGGUACAAGCUGUGUAUCUUUGACAGAGACAGCCUCCCCGGGGGAAUUGUCACAGAUGAAACCCUGAGCUUCAUCCAGAAAAGUCGACGUCUGCUUGUUGUCCUGAGCCCCAACUACGUCUUGCAGGGAACACAGGCCCUGCUGGAGCUUAAAGCUGGUCUAGAGAAUAUGGCCUCCAAGGGCAACAUCAAAGUCAUUCUAGUGCAGUACAAAGCCAUCAAGCAAAGCAAAGUGAAGGAGCUGAAGAAGGCCAUGGCAGCCUUGACUGUCAUUAAAUGGAAAGGCGAGAAAUCCAAAUUCCCAAAGGGCAGGUUCUGGAAUCAGUUGUGGGUGGAAAUGCCAGUGACAAAAAUUAGCAGGAGUCUGAGCCUUGAUGGGCUCAUAUGUACCCCUGAAAAAUGUUUGACACCAUCAGAAAUCAAAACAAAACAAACCCCAGAAAUCCACAAGUUAGGCCAGGGAGUGCAAAGAAACUCAGCCUUUUUCCCAUAAAGGACUGCCCCGAAGCAUUUCAGAGAAUAGUUGUGCCUCCCUGCAGCUCUUCUACUGCCCUGGCAGUAGAGACACCAAAGAUACAUACACCUCCUCUCUGCAAAUGCAUGUCCUUGUCAUUAACCACAAAAGCCCUCAGCUCAGGGUUGAAAUUUGGGCUGUCCAGGUGGGAUGCAGUCAGCACCUUGUGAUAGCAUGGUAUUUGUAUAGGCCAGUGCUCCUAGAUCCAAAUCCUAUGGGACCUUCAUUAGCUUCCAGGACAGAACUCCUUUUUUCUCUGAAGUGGCUUCAGUCUGUCCUGGUCUCUGGUCCCCGUUGCAGAGGCUAGGGAGAGCAGUUUGAAAGGUGGCUCCAGUAUAGAGCCUUUCAUACAUGUCCCAGCUAUAUAGUCCUGAUUACUGUGAGAUCACAGUUCCGCUUCAGUGGCAGGAUUGCAGACUCUUGAGGCUCCUUAUCUUUGCUCCUCACAUUUCUGAAGGAGCAGGUGCAUUCAGAUAGUUUGGCAAUCUGAAAUGGCUGUUACAAAUGCAUUUAAAAAACAAAACCCAAAAAAAAGCUCUGUACUGUAGCAUUUCUACUAGUAAGUGGUCAGUCUCUGUGGCUCUGCAGUCUCCCAAGUAUCUCACAUCUUUCAGAGCUGUAAUGCUCAGAAUCCAGGGGAAAUUUCUUGUUAGUACAAACCAUGGAGCAUGUCUAAGGCAUGCAUCUUUGUAGAGUAAACUCAGGGAUUUCACAAGCACUGUAAGGAACUCCCAUUUACUACUUGCCCACUGUCCCUGUGCAGCUGGCUGGGGGAAAGCAUCAUGCAAGGUGCUGCCAAGGCCUCUGGGAUGACACUGGUAUGUGUCCAACUCCCCAGGAGACCCUAAAAACUUAUUUGAACUUACUAAAAACUACACUAGCUCUAUCCAGCUGGGUAAGACUAUGAAGAAAAGCUGAGAGAGCUGGGGUUGUUCAGCCUGGAGAGGUCCAGAGACCUUAUUGUGGUCUUUCAGUACUUAAAUGGGGCUUCUAAGAAAGAUGGGCACACACUUUUUAGUGGGGCCUGUUCCAAUAAGACAAGGGGUAGAGGUUUAAACUGAAAGAGAGGAGAUUCAGACUAGAUUUAAGGAAGAAAAUUUUACAGUGAGGGUAGUGAAACACUGGCACAGGUUGUCCAGAGAGGUUGUAGUUGCCUCAUCCCUGGAAACAUUCAAGGUUAGGUUGGAUGAGACUCUGAGCAAUGCAGUGAUCUAGUUGUCCCUGCUCAUUGUAGGGUGGUUGGACUAGAUAACCUUUGAAAGUCCCUUCCAACCCAAACUAUUUUAUGAUUCUGUGACGAUUUGGUGUUCUCUGCCUGCAUAUGAAAAACAUCACCAUUCCUAAUGCAGGGCUCAGGUUUAACCUAUACUUAGCUUUACAAAGUAAGUCUCCACCUAUCCUAUUUCAAGCCCAGAGUAGCAGAAUAGACGAUGUAUCUCAGGUUCAUUAAUCUUUGCACAAAACACAAAUAUAAAAGUCACUGAGUACCAGUCCUUGCUUCAAUGGGAGGCAGCAGGCACAGGAGGGGAUCUAGUGAGUUAACCCUGCAAGACCAAGGAAGGAAGUGUCCCUUCCCCUGUAGGACAGACAAAGCACAGCGGGACCCUGACAUUGUCUGGUACUGUUGUUGACAAUGUUUUCACAUAAAACUAUAAGCUCUGGGGGUGUCUCCAUACUCCUACAGCUCCCAGUGCAAGGUCCUGCCCACUUAACUGUGGAAUUUAGUAUUACACACACUAAGUGCAUGCUUUUUUUUAUUGAUAAUGAUUGCUCCUGAGUCACCUCUGACUCAUGCUUUCACUCUGUUGGUGUCUGUCAGGUGAAGCAUAUCCAUUCAUAAUGGCAUUAAAAAAGCACUAUGAUUUGCAAUCUACAUGUUAUUCACCCAGCUGAGCAGGAAGGUUUGAGGGCAUCCCCAUAAACAGCCCAGUCUUAAAGGUGUGGGCUGGAUCCUGACAUCAGUGAAGCCUCUUGCUCUUAGCAUCUUAUGAUUAUAAUGUUAUUCCAGGGCACCAGGGAGCUGCCAUUGGGCAAGUACUGUACAAAUAUGGAACAAAUAGGGCUUCUUUCUCACCUUCUUCAUCCUCCCCACCCCAAGUAAGCUUUGCUUUAAGCAGGUUAAAUUGCAGUUAGCUUCACUGAAGGCAAUGGAGCUUCUCAUCUGCUCAGAGAUGCUUAAAAGCUUUGCUGUUACAAGCUUUUCUACUAUGUCUGUGGAGGGACAGAGAUGCCUCCCACACUCCAGAAAGCUUCAUUUGUAUUAGAUAACACCCAAAACCAUGCUCAGUUUUAUGAAUCGCUUGCAACAUGUCAUUUUGCCCAGCUUCCCCUUUUUUGUGUUUUCAGCAUCUCUGUGAUCAGCUGCCCAAUCUGCAGGCAGAGGGAACGCCCUGAGGCUAAAGCAGAACUGUGUUAGAUUCCAAUUUGAUUUUUAAAAAAUUGUCACAAAAAUACGCAUAAAUUCAAUUAACAUCCCAGACCUCAGCACAUCACAUUUCAUUUUUGGCUGAGUUACCAAGAGAACUGCUGAUGUUUUAGUAAGUCUGAUUAUUUUAGGAAGUUAAAUCCACCUCAUUUGUUUGGCUGAUUUUAUUCAAGGGAUUUUCCAAAUAAGUAGUAGGCCAGGAUUUUCUCCAGCAUACGUUGCUUUGGUCCUUGGUGCCAUUGCAACCCCAGAACAGGAUUACUGAGAGGCAUCAGAAGAGCACCCAGAAGGCAAAAGGUGUGAUGGUCUUAAGGGAGCCUGAGAGGUCCAGAGGGAGCAGCAUAGAAGGAAUACCACUGGAGCAGGCUCUGCUCCCCUGGAAGCUUUACCUCUGGCUUUUCUGGGAGCUGUCAAGCCAGGGGUACAGCCCAGUCCCAGCUGUAACACAGAUCUGCAAAGCACCUCAUAUAUGCUUGCCCUUUCAUUGUAUGCCAUGUAUGGUUUCCAUUGUGGGAUUCUGUCACAACAUGUUUACUUCAGUUGAUUCAUUCGAAUUCCUGUGCUCUAAUCUAACAUUUAUCAAUAUGCAGCUCAUACAAAGUUCCUCAUUGUUAUUUCAUGGGGAAGCAGUGUGGCAUAAAUUGCAAAAAAUACUUUCCCCAUGCCAUUUGAUGUUGUA